AAAAUAUCUCGAAACCCAAUCUUAAAUUGAGCAAUUCCUUCAGCAGAAACACUGCAGUGUGGUUGGUUGUCCAAAGUGUUUGUGAAAAUGGAGAGUGAAAUUGUGAGAAGAAGAGCGAAUAUUAUUGCAUCCCAUUUAGCUAUUCAUGAAGAUAUAUCAGCCACUGCUACACACGUUUUCCCUAUGAGGUGUAGCAAUAGUCUGAACUCUGUCAUCCGGAGAUACGACAACAGGAUGCACUUUGCUCGGCAAGGAUCGAGUUCUCAAGGUUGCUACAUGAGACAGGCUUUACAUGAACAGGGGAACUACGUGCAACCCAGCGUUCCUUCACAAUUCCCGGAUUCUGGAAAAAAGGGGUCUACUUCCCUUGAUGCGCCAUCAUAUUCUAGACCUGCUCAAGUGGAACCUUUCAAAAUGGAUCAAGGUUGCGGAUAUACUGACCCUUCUUCAGAAGGUCCUGUGUUUGCAAGGCCAACUACUGAAGAAGGGAAGCCCGUGUUCCAGUCUGUGGAAAAGGCUCGUAAUGUUGCACAAACAGGAUCCGAGUGGUCACCGAGAAUGGAUGUUGUAGAAUCUGGAUUCAAUUAUGUCAUCACAUUAGAAAUUCCCGGUGUUAGCACUUAGCAGGGACAAUGUGAAGAUAGAGGUUGAUGACCAAAGCCUGGUUAUAAGUGGCAACCGGCUAAAUUGGUCGUGUGGUGGAGGGCUAUGUUCCAACAAGCCGAUCAUGACUUAUCACAUAAGGGAGAUUUCACGGGGGCCAUAUCAAAUUGUUUGGCCACUUCCUAGUAACGCACAAAAGGAUAAUGUAUCAGCAGAAAUUCAGUAAGUUUCAUUUUUUAUUCGCGGUUGGAGUUCUCUUUCGUUCCACAGAUAUUUGAAGUAUGUUUCCGUUUUCUGAUGGAUUUAAAAGACCUCUUGUCAAUGUUGUGACAUGCAAGUAAAUAAAGCACCAUUUCAACUCAUACAUGCUCGUUAUUCUUGUCAUCUGUUCGUUCGAUGCAAUAAAUCGUUUACUAGCAAAGCAAGGAGAUUUCAAAUGUUCAGUUGUCUCGAAAAUCUGGCAGUUCGGUCUGUGUAAAAAUGCUUCCUUUGUCUCCUCUCAAAUUAUAAUUGAUGAGGAUGUGUUUGUGGUGCAGGGACGGGCUGCUUUGCGUUAAGAUUCCCAAACUUUCCGGGCUACGGUGGCUGAGGAAGGCAUACAUGUAGGUCUAAAUAUACAGAUAGCUGUUCUGUGUUACCAAACAGCAAUGUGUGUGUGUGUGUGUGUGUGUGUAUUUGUUAAGUAAUUAUCAUAAAGAGAUAUGUAUAUGUAAACAAUGCUGGAACUUCUGUAACCAGGAUAUAUUACACUUGCUUAUUACCAACUA